GCAAAUUCAGGAUGAAUUCCAGGCAAAAGGUUGACGGGCUGACAAACAACUUUAUGUAUUUGCAUCUUCAGACGAUCUUCCCUGCGACGUAGACCUUUGCUCAAUUGGGAGGGACAAAGAUUGUUAUUUUGUUUUGAGGAACAUUAUGGAGUUUUCUGGCACGCUGAUUUUAGCAGGGCUUAUCAUGUCCUUACUGUGGCUGUUCAGCCUGAAGAGUCGUAGACAAGUUUGUUUACCUCCUGGACCCUCCGGCCUGCCUGUCAUAGGAAACCUGCACCAGCUGGACAAAAGAGCACCGUUCAAAACUCUGCUAAAGCUCAGUGAAAGCUAUGGCCCGGUGAUGACUGUGUAUCUGGGCCGUCAGCGUGUCGUGGUUCUGGUGGGGUAUGAUGCUGUGAAGGAGGCACUGGUGGACCAAGGAGAAGACUUCACUGGCAGAGGACCCAUUCCUUUCCUGUUUAAAGUGACCAGGGGCUAUGGUUUGGCGAUCAGUAACGGAGAGCGCUGGCGGCAGUUACGACGUUUCACACUCACAACUCUGAAGGACUUUGGAAUGGGACGCAAGGGGAUGGAAGAGUGGAUCCAGGAAGAGAGCAAGCACCUGGUGGCCCGCAUUGAUAGCACCAAAGCUGCACCUUUUGAUCCUACCUACUUCAUGAGCUGCACCGUGUCAAAUGUCAUCUGCUGCUUGGUGUUUGGUCAGCGCUUCAGCUAUGAUGAUGAGCAUUUCCUCCACCUUCUGCAGAUAAUCUCAGAAGCCCUGAAGUUUGGCAGCAGUCCCUGGGGUCAGCUGUAUAAUGUGUUCCCUCGGCUGAUGGAAUGGCUACCAGGUCCACAGCAUACACUCUUUGCCAGAAUUGAAGAGCUAAGGGAGUUUAUUACAAAAAAGAUCCAGGAACAUGGGGACACGCUGGACCACAGCUCACCCAGAGAUUACAUCGACUGCUUCCUCAUUAGACUCAGCCAGGAAAAGCACAUUCCCACAACUGAGUUCCACUAUGACAACCUGGUGUCAACAGUGUUGAACCUGUACCUGGCAGGAACAGAAACCACCAGCUCAACUAUCAGAUUUGCACUUAGUGUGCUGAUCAAAUACCCCAAAAUACAGGAGAAUAUGCAAAAGGAGAUUGACUCUGUGAUUGGACAGGAGCGUUGUCCUUAUAUGGAGGACAGGAAGUCCCUCCCUUUUACAGACGCAGUUCUUCAUGAAAUUCAGCGUCUGAUGGAUAUUGUCCCCAUGAACAUCCCUCACUAUGCAGUUCAAGACAUCUCUUUCAGAGGUUACACAAUUCCCAAGGAUACAAUUAUUAUUCCCUUGUUGCACUCUGUGCUGAAAGAGGAAAAACAGUGGGCAACCCCUUGGUCCUUCAACCCCCAGCACUUCCUGGAUCAAAAUGGAAACUUUAAGAAAAAUCCUGCAUUCCUGCCAUUUUCUGCAGGAAAGAGAGCUUGUGUUGGAGAGUCCCUUGCACGCAUGGAGAUUUUCCUCUUUCUGGUGUCACUUCUGCGGAAUUUCACCUUUUCUUGCUCUGGAGGACCUGACAGUAUAGACCUCAGCCCUGAGUUCAGCAGCUUCGCCAAUGUACCUCGCAGGUACCAGAUCAUUGCCACGCCACGGUGA